CGUUCCCCUUCCUCAUUAACAUAUUUAAAUCAUUUUUGAACAAUGCAAGGAACGAUUUCUUGUACAAGGCAUUAUAAUAUGAUCCCUGCCGCUGAAUCUCCUCGACCGCUGCCACUUAAAACUGAGAAAACCGGCGAGAAUGUUCGUACGUUGGUGGAGGAGAACGCGCUGAUCGUGAUUGGACGGAGAGGUUGUUGUAUGUGCCACGUUGUCAAGAGCCUGCUUCUUGGACUUGGAGUAAACCCAGCGGUUCUUGAGAUCGAUGAUCAGGAGAAGGAAGAGGAAGUUAUGAGUGAGCUAGAAAGGAUUGGCGUUGAAGGCGGCAGAGAAAGGGUGAAAUUACCGGCGGUUUAUAUAGGAGGGAGGUUGUUUGGAGGGCUAGAUAGGGUUAUGGCCACUCAUAUCUCCGGUGAGUUGGUUCCAAUUCUUAAGGAUGUUGGAGCUUUGUGGUUGUGAUUGUAUUCAAAUGAUUUAUUUUCCUUAAAUAUAUGUUGAAUCUUGAUUCGGCAAUGGAUGUUUAUUCUUUAGGCUUUAUGAUGGACCAAUGAUUUCGUAUCUAUAAUAAAAUCGAAGAAUGGUUAAAGUCA